UUCACAGAUGCGCCAUCAUAAAACGUACUGCUCUGCAAUACGUGACAAUGGUCGUUAUGAUGUACGACGAUAGUGGCUAUUUCAAUCACAGCCAAUGCCACCAAGAUGUAUACGCGACAGCCAGAGAGGCACUUCCGGUGAUGACAGACGUGGGCAAGGCUUACAAUCCAGGCGUGAGGCUGACGCCUAACUGCGCCCGGAUUGCAGGCUUCUACCAAUCGAAAGCGACGCGCUACGACUAAUCCCCGCAUCCGCAGCAAGGCUAAGUAUACACGUCGUCCAGCUAUGUUGCGCACAAGUGCGGGGCUCUACUUACACAGUAUAAGAUGUCUGAUAGCUCUUCCGGGAUCAAUACGAUCUAAGCAUCGGCGGCCACCUCUACCGCCAUGACGUCUUACAGCAGUCUGCCCUAUACUAUUCCUCACAAUAGUCCCGAGCAUGAUGCUCCUCGAUGGCAUCCUGGAACGAGACAGCCCUAUGAACCACACAAUGAAAACAGCUACGGUCCAUUGCCCCAUCAACCUCUGGUAUCCGUCCCUGGAUAUUCAUCGCCAACACGAUCUUCCACAGCAUACGAGCCAAGCCAUCUCGAAUCAGAGUCCACGAAGCGCAACUCAUCCGAACAACUUUCCUCAACCCGCGCUCCUAUCAGUUCUUGGAUUCUUGAAAUCUUUGCCAUAACCAUCAGUACUGGCGCUAUUGUCUCUAUUGUUGCUCUCCUACAUCGCGAGAACGGGAGGUCACUCUCCUCAUGGAAAUUAGCUGUCACGCUCAAUACAGUAGUUGCUGCCCUUGGUACGCUAGCGCGGACCACCCUUGCCUUCGCGCUUAGCGCGUGUAUUGGACAGCAAAAGUGGAAUUGGUUACGGCGGAAACCAGACAGCCUCGUAGCCUGGGAGAGGUUUGAUGAAGCCAGUCGAGGGCCGUGGGGGGGCACACGCCUAUUUGUGUGGCUGCGCGCCAGACACUGGGCGGCAUUAGGGGCGCUUGUCACCGUCGGCGCCAUAGCUUUCGAUCCCUUCCUCCAAGCAGUCAUCAGUACCCAUGGUCAGCUGGACGACAUUGCGUCGAAUGCCGACGCGACUAUUGGACAGUCGUUCAGAAUUAAUAGUGGCACCAUAAAGCAGACCCACGGAGCUGCAGUGCGAGACAUGAAAACCGGACUUGUGUAUGUAGCUGCUAGCAGCCGAGCUGAUUUUGGCUUCAUAAGCUCUGUCUGGAGCGGAUUCCAGAACACCUCGAACUUCCGCAACGAUGCAAUUGGUGCCGAGUGCAGCACUGGUAAUUGCACAUGGCCAGUUUUCACGUCAGCUGCUGUCUGCAGUAUUUGCAACGAUAUCUCGAGCCGUCUGGAUCGCAAAGCGUUCUACGGCCCAAACGGGACAAACAUCCCAUCGAAUUAUAACGGAUACAAUGGCAGCUACAUCAAAUUUGAGACACCAUACGCAAAUAUCAGAAAUUACGUAGGCCUGCUUGAGGACGGCCAGACGCCUGGGGUGAAUUACACCGCCAAGCGCACCUACAUGACGGCAAACACUACAGUAGAUGCGAAAGGGACCGUAGCAUUCCAGGACAUGGAGACGCUUUUAAUGGCAUUCACGGUCAUGAGAGCCCCGCACAAUUGGCUUGAUUCCAGUAUCAAAUGGGAAGAUGCGAGCCCAACAGCCACGGAAUGCGCGUUAUACCUUUGUGCGAACGCCUAUGAGUCGACAAGCGAGAACGGCGUAGUCAAGGAGCGUGUACUGAAUUCAUGGGCAAACAGAGCCCCAGAUUCGUACACCCCCGACGCCAAUGCCUGGAACUUUGACCCAGGUGCUGAGGCCUGGGCCGAGGGCUCGGGCAGCAGCCUGUAUGAUGCGCGCAUCGACCGAACAGAUCUCCAGUUACUCAUCCCUCCGGAACAGUCUCAAGGUCUCCCAUCGCACGUCCGACGCGAGUUCAACGUAUCCCACGCCUUCAUCUUCAGCGCUAUCGAUUUCCUCAUCGACUACACGCAAAAAGCAAAUCUACAGGAAGGCUUCAAACUCAAAGACAGCGAUCUGGAUCUCGACGGCUUCAAGUUCGAUCAUACAUGGGGCAUGAUGGGCAUGCCGUGGGACGACACCUCGCAGCCCGCCGUCCUGGACGCGCUGUGGAACUCGACCGACCUGACCGCCACAUUCGACAACGUCGCCCGCAGUCUGACAAACCAGAUCCGCAACUCGUCCCCGGACCGCCACCGCGGAGAGCUGCAGAAAUGGGUGCUGCACGUACACGUCGACUGGGCGUAUCUGGCGUAUCCUGUGUCCAUGCUUAUCGCGGGCAUCGUGUAUGUGCUUCUGACCAUCAUCGAGUCGAGUCGCCUGCGCAUACCGGUGUGGAAGGAAUCGGCGCUGCCGACGCUGCUGCAUGGCUUUGACGACGAGACGCAGAGGUUGUUGAGGUCGGAUAGUAAGGAUAAUCAGCGGAAGGUGCUGGUGCGGUUCGAGCAGGAUGAGAAGGACUGUCUGAGGCUCGUGGCUCAGCAGUAGAAUUACCAUAGUCGUAUUGAUCAACCGAUACGGGUCUUACUUUCCGC